GCAUUUCUCGCUGCUUUAUCAUUCAGCUACUUGAGUAAAGCAUUGUCCGGUACAAUUAUGAAAAGUUCCAUCACUCAGAUUGAACGAAGGUUUGACCUGACAUCAUCUACUGUUGGUUUUGUCGAUGGGAGCUUUGAGAUGGGUAACUUGCUGGUGAUUGCAUUUGUAAGCUACUUUGGGGCUAAACUUCACAGGCCCAAAGUAAUAGCUGUUGGAUGCUUUAUUAUGGCUUUGGGAAGUUUUUUAACAGCAAUGCCUCAUUUCUUCAUGGGAUAUUAUAAGUAUGAGACAACAUCACAUACAGCUUCUUCAGCCAACUUAACUUCAAGCAUAAAUCCUUGUUCCCUACAUCAAGAUGUGAACCAAACCUUGUUGGAAGUGUCCCAAUCAGGCUGUGAGAAGGAACCAUCAUCAUAUAUGUGGAUAUAUGUAUUGCUGGGAAAUAUGUUACGUGGAAUUGGUGAGACGCCAAUAACACCACUGGGCAUCUCUUAUCUUGAUGAUUUUGCUAAAGAAGAAGAUGUUCCUGUGUAUGUAGCAUGUUUGCACACAAUAGCCAUGUUGGGCCCAAUGUUUGGUUUCCUGUUGGGAUCUUUAUGUGCGAGGCUGUAUGUGGAUAUUGGAUUUGUGGAUUUAGGAAGCAUCACUAUCACUCCACAGGAUUCCCGCUGGGUGGGUGCAUGGUGGCUUGGUUUUUUGAUAGGUGGAGUAGCCAGUUUCCUAGCUGCUAUUCCAUUUUGCUUCCUGCCAAAAAGUCUGGAAAAGCCAGAGGAAGCCAAUGUUGACAAAACCUCAUACGGUCUCUUGGAAAACAUGGGCACCAUGAGGAAGACGCUUCCUCCUGCAAAACCUAAGUCAAAGAAGUGGUCUGUAAUGCUGAAAGAUUUCUAUACCUCCCUGAAAAAAGUAUUGAGUAAUCGAAUGUACUUUACAUUUUUGUGUUGCUCACUGUUACAGUUCAGUAGCUUUAUUGGUUUCUUGACUUACAAACCAAAGUACAUGGAACAGCAAUAUGGACAAUCUACAUCUAAAUCUAACUUCCUAAUAGGAUUGACAUCCUUACCUCCUGUAAGCAUUGGGAUUUUCCUAGGAGGGCUCAUAAUGAAAAAGUACAAAAUGAGCAUCAUUGUAGCAACCAAGUUUGCAUUUACCAUGUCAUUUUUGGCCUACGCCUUGACUCUUCUGCACUUUUUUGUUGGCUGUGAGAACCAUGAAGGGUUAGGAUGGGCUUUGAGAGAGGAGAAUUUUUUACUAUGGAAACCAGGAAAUCUAGUUUCUACCACUAGUGCAUUUUUCCCAAUAGCUAAGGAUGUACCUGAUAAGACUGUGUUAACUGUUGCUGGUUCUAUGUUCCAUUACAAACCCAUCCCAUACCAUGAAAAUGCCAUAUUUUCUGAGUGCAACUCUGACUGCAAAUGUGCCUCCAAUGCGUGGGAUCCUGUGUGUGGAGACAACGGACUCACGUACGUUUCAGCAUGUCUAGCUGGGUGCACAUCUUCGGUGGGACAUGGAAAGAACACAGUCUUCCAUAACUGCAGCUGUCUUGAAGCCAGCAGAUCAUGGACAGGAAAUAACUCUGCCAUCUUGGGGCAAUGUCCAAAAAGUGAAGAUUGUUCAAAGAAUUUUAUUUAUUAUACAGUAAUACAAGUCCUAAGUGGUUUUUGUUAUGCAUUGGGAGGCACCCCAGCAUACAUGAUUAUGUUUAGAUGUGUUCAACCAGAGUUGAAAUCUCUUGCAGUUGGUCUGUAUACACUCAUUAUGAGAACGCUAGCUGGGAUUCCAGCGCCAGUUUAUUUUGGUGCACUGAUUGACAAGACAUGCUUGAAAUGGGGAAGCACAAGCUGUGGACAGCGAGGGGCUUGCAGGUUAUACGACUCCAGUGCAUAUAGGUAUGUCUACCUUGGUUUGUCAGCAGUGUUAAGAGGUCCUUCCUACUUGCUUGCAAUAAUAUUUUAUAUAUUGAUAAAGAAACACUUUCAGAAUAAGAACUCCAGGCCUAUAGAGAAUGGAGGAAGAGAAGAUGCUUCUAUGAAUAAAGAAGAAAAUCGCAAGAUCAAAGAACAUUUGCCAGGUUCUCCUGAUGCAGAGAGUGAAUCGUGUAUUUAG